UAAUAAUGAGAGUUGGAGUAAAGCUAGGUACACACGAUGCAAACAAUUUGCAGCAAGUUGAAAAUAAUUUGCAGCAAAAGUUUGCACAAAUGUUUACACGUAUGCAAAUAUUGCAAGAAAAUUUCUUGCUUCAAUCAAUUUUUGUUUUGCACGCAAACUUUUGCAUGGCUAUUUCGUGCAAUGUAUUGCGUUAAUGUCUACAGGUGUUUUUAUUUUUUGUUUGCAGUGCUUGCAAUUGACGCUCAUUUGCAAGUUCUCUUGUUUUGUGAAAGUCAAAGAAUAACGACGUGUUAAUAUUAUGUCGUCAUUUAAAUCGAGAGUUGCUGCUGUUGCAAUAUUAGCAAUUUUAAUUAAACGUAAUAAAAUGAGAAGAUUGAAGUCUGCAAAAAAUAGAAAGUGUUGGGUGAAACAGUGGAUUUCGAAAAGAGAUGAAAAAGGAGUGCAUCAGAACCUUUUAAAAGAACUCCAAAAUGGCGAUGAAACAAAUUAUUACAAUUUUUUUCGCAUGUCAGUCAGUGAUUUCAAAUUUUUAUUAGAAAAAGUAAAAAGCUACAUAACUAAACAAGACUCUGUAAUGCGUCCUGCGAUUCCCCCAAAUGAGCGAUUAGCCCCGACAUUGCGUUUUUUAGCCACGGGUGAUUCAUAUCAUUCUCUGAUGUAUUUAUUUCGCAUUCCUGUGAGCACGGCUGCAAGCAUUGUGCCGGAGACUUGUCGAGCUGUAUAUAAUUGCCUGAAAAGGGAAUAUCUUAAAGUAAUUAUGUAAAUUAAAUAUGCAUUUUCCAUUUUACCAUCCGAAAAGGCAAAAACUGGAGAAUUGGUAGACGAGUACACGAUAUUAGGCGUGGAAGAAGACACGUUUAUCUUCGGUAUCAGUUUCUGCUACUUCCAAAAUAGCUCUUUGAAUUUUCCUGCGAAGCCGAACUCUACUUUGCUGUGAUUUUAAAAGUCUUAGCUCAGAUGCAACGAAAUCACCGAAUAUUUGAUGUUCAUCUGUCUUAUUACGUAAGCGCGCCUUUUCAAUAAGCAGAUCUUCGUCCUUAAAUUCGAGCUCGUCACGCUUUCUUUUUUUGCCUUUGGAUGUACUUGGUACGUCAUCAGAUAUCGAAAAAUUAGGCGAACAUGGUGCCUCUCCUAACAUUGUGUUAACGGCGCUGUCACUUAGAUCCUGAAUAUAUGUAUAUGAAAAAGUGUAAAAUAAAAAUGUUACGAAAUAUUAAUAAUUUAUUUGAAUUUUCUUAGGUUCCCAAUUCUACAAACGAGUGGCUUAAAAUUUCAUCGGAUUUUGAAAGUAUUUGGAACUUUGCUCAUUGUAUCGGUGCAUUAGACGGAAAACAUGUACAUAGUUAUGAAAGCUCCGUCUAAUAGUGGAAGUACCUACUUCAACUAUAAGGGCACGCAUAGCGUUGUGCUAAUGGUGUUAGCAGAUGCAAACUAUAAAAUAAUUUAUUUCGAUGUGGGAGGCAAAGGAAGAAUUUCUGAUGGAGGAAUUUUUAACGCAUGUAGCCUAUCAUAUGCGUUACAAAAUGAACAACUUAAUGUUCCUGAGGAGCAGCCACUUCCAGGUCGAGAUUUAAAGGUGCCCUAUGUACUUGUAGCGGAUGAUGCAUUCGCAUUGAAAACAUACAUAAUGAAGCCAUAUCCAUUCAAAAAUCAACCAGCUCCAAAUCGUGUUUUUAACUACCGUCUUUCCAGAGCAAGAAGAGUGGUAGAAAAGGAUUUUGGCAUAAUGGAAAAUAGAUUUCGGGUUUUGAGAAAGCCAUUGGAACUUGGCCCAGAAAAGACAAUAGAUGUUGUCUCUGCAAUUUGCGCAUUGCAUAACUGGUUGAUGGCCAAGAAAGAGUCAAAACAAAAAUAUGCUCCGAAUGGAACAUUCGAUAAUGAAGUUGAUGGGGAAGUGGUACCAGGAACUUGGCGUAAAGAUCUGACGUUAGAAGGAAACUGCAUACCAAUUCAAAGAAGUACGCAAAACUCUACUCAAGCGAAAGAUAUACGGUAAGAAUUUAAACAUUUUUUUGUUUCGCCUGAUGGUGAAGUGUCAUGGCAAUACAAACAUAUAUAAAAUAAGUAAUUACUACGAUAUGUUUAUUAAAUUGUACUACUUACCAAAUUUUGAAUUUUAUAAUUUUUUCCGUCGUCACUUUUUAUAAAUUUGAGCGCAUCGAAAAACUCCCAUUUGCUGGUAUAGUUGUCCGAUGUACCCUGGCCACUCUUCUUUUGUUUCACCCUGCGCACCUCUUGCAAAAAUUGAGUACGCAAAUUAUGAAUUUUUGUUUUUAUCUCUUCAUCCUUUUUGCCUAACUCUUCAGCAAUUUCGCAAAAAGCAUGUUGCUUCUUAUGCUUGUUUUUGUAAUCUUUUGAAGAGACAUCCCAUAAAACGGAACGAAUCUCAUAUAAUUCAAUUAAUUUUAUUGUGUUCUCGCGAUCCCACAUGUUGCUUUGCUUGCUGCAAUAUUGCAAUUGAAAGCAAACAGCACAUGCAAACAAGCAAGCGACUGAUGCAAUAAAGAUGGCGGUAAAAAAAUGUCUACAGACGACAAGCAAAAAAUAUUGCUGCAAAAAAACUGUGCAAGUUCUUUGCUUGCAGCAAAAUUUGGUUGCAGCAAUCAACUUGCUGCAAAUUGUUUGCAUCGUGUGUACCUAGCUUAAGGGUACAAAAAUUAAAAAACAAGUAAGCUUGUAACUAUAAGUUUGUAAACUUGUUCAGUUCUCAUUUUGAGCCACACAGAAGACCACAUACAUUUCUACGAUUAUCACGAUAUUUUAUACGCCCAUAGCUGAGAACUAUGGGGACAAUAAUGAAAAUCGUGGGGAUAUGUCCAUAUUGCAAUCGCCAUGUGUCAAAAGACCUGAGACCUAUUAACGUUUUGUCUGCAAGUGAUGCCAAAAGGAUUUCCCAAUUGGUACACGAAGAACCCCCUCUAAUUCAGCUCGACUCCCAGAAUGAAAUAGAGGAACACCCUCGAAAAGAGCAGACGGCCCAUGAGGAUCCUAGAUCGAAGAAAGAAGUGGUUGGGACAUCUAAAUCCAAAAAAUCGCGGGUCUCAAAGAAGAAGAAAACAAUUCCCGAUAAAUCCCAGUCGGAGGUUCCUGUUGACGCAUCACCUGAAAAUUCUUUAAACGCGUUGACUGAAAACAUUUUGGAUGUGGUCGAGAACGAGUUUGAGGGUGACAGAACUAUCAGAUCAUCUGUGGUCUUAAGGGAGAACGCCGAGGUUAUCCUGGCAAUGUUGGCCGAAGAGAAGCGAAUCAUCGACGAAAUCGAGAUGCAGGCAACGCCUGUUGGACACCAGGAGACUAAAGAUCCUCCUGCUAAAAGACGUAGGUGCUAGGUGCAAGAAAUGCUAUGGCAUAUCAAUUGUAAAUUUGUUGGGGCGCCCACGUGCUAACCGUAUGGUUCUGUCCACCACCCGCAGAAAUAAAUCUCCCUUUUUGCGCCUG